AUGAAUUAUUUAAGUAAAAGCAACAAUAGAUUUAAGAAGUUGCAAAUAAUUGUGGUUAAAGAGUUAUUAGUUAUUAGGACGUUAGUUUAAUAGAAGAGAAGAAAUCCUAGGAGAAAAAAAAGAUAUAACAUCAAAUUAAAUCCAAGAGAAGAAAUCCAGUUAGUUUUUUGCAAAUCGUAAUUGAUGAUGAAGAAAGUUAACAACAUCAAUUAGAAUAUUAAAAAUCAAUAUUACAGAGCUAAGGUAUGUUGGGAUUUUUGA